GUAACACACUAGGCGUCCCUAGGAAGCAGCAAUCGAGGCACAGCUUUUGAGCCGUGCAUCGCACCAGCUGUGGCACGUAUACAUUGGGCAAAGCACCAGCGCAUCGCUGCACGCAGCAUAAUCACCGCUGGCCAACGCGCCAGCGAGUGCCCACGUGAAACAAAGCUACAAAGCUACCUAGGUAGGCAGCUGCAGCCCCUAAACAGUGCUGCGCGACGCCCGGAAACAAAAGAAAUGGCCGACGACGACGCUUUAAAUGAUGACCCCGAGUCCGGCGCUGAUGCGAACCCCUGCGCCACGUCAAAUUUACAAGCGUUCCUCGAGCGGUAUGGAAUGCUCGCGAUCAUCGUUUACGGCUGCAUCAGUCUUAGUGUUUUUUGCGCCAUUUAUGCGGCCUUGGUCUUCGGCGCCGACGCGGGCCCGGUCCUGCGCUAUUUUGGCUUCUCGGAGGCGGCGUCCAAGGGCACGACCUUCGUGCUCGCCAUCGCCCUCACAAAAUUGUUAGUACCAAUAAAACUCCCGAUCGCGGCCUACAUCGUCGUGCACAUUUCGAGGGAGAGGGAGCGGCGGCGGCGGCGCGACGACGCGGAGCUGCGCGGCCUGCUCGACGAUGACGACGAAUUGACGCGCGAGCGGCUCUUCGAGGAGCUCGGGGAAGAUGAGCUCGAGAAGGAAAAAGCUAGAGCGGCGGCGGCGGCGCCGGCGAUCCACGUGUGACUGUGAGUUGUGUAACUGUGCGUAGAAUA